GUCAAGAGCCAGGAUCCGUUUGUAUCGCAAAUCAAAGCAGUGCUCCAUGUCUGGGCAUGAACAUGACAGCGGGAUUCCAGUAUUGGGACGCUCGCUCUCUUCUUCGGAUGUUAACCACAGUCACAACGCUCUCAAACUAGAACCCAAACGGUCACCAGAGCGAAAAUCUUCCAGUUCCUCUGCCAAGUUUGACAAGCAAGUGGCGAUUUUACCGGUUCGAUUUCAAGCAAUGACUCGGAUAACACCAGAUACGACAGAGAGUAGAUCGAGACUAAAACUACAACAAGGCAUUGAGAAUACCAACGUAGACAAGGAUGAAGACACAGGUGGAUCCAGCGACGACUUGCAUCGAAGUGCUGGACAAUUGAGCAUCAAUGGAGAUCUAAAGGAUUCUAAAACUGAUGAGAAAGCUACUUACGCCGAGCAGCCAGUUGGGCUAGUGGUGGCGCUCUUUCACGAUGGUUUCGUCUGUCGUCAUAUGACCAAGGAAAAUGAAGGUGUUGAAGGCUUCGCACAGCCUUACGAUGCUGAAUCCAGUUAUUUUCUAGCCUGUAUCGAUAACGGACGCGUCCCUGAAGGACUCCCAGAUAUGAUCGCAUGUGCGCACUACAACGGCAGCGUGUUGGCCGAAAUUCGAGACUACAGGGAGAUGCGAACGGCCUUGUGCCCAGUAUCAUCCGCGUUUUUGCCUGCUUCAUCACAAUUGAUUCUCACAGACUCCGAAGUUGAGUCUGGUUGUCGAGUUUGGCACACGUUGUUGCAGCCGGGGAAAAGCCCAUUGCCGAUUGAUUUUCAAAGUUCUCCACUGUUGGAGCCACCGACACUGCAGUCAAUGUUUGAUCAUUUUCCGGAUGUACAUCCGAGCGAGUUGGAAACGUUAGCGGUGGAUGCAAAGAGGCAGCUACUACAGGAAGAAGACGUCUUUCUCUCAUCGUCAUCAACAGAAUCAUCGUCUCCACGAGAUGAGUCGCAAGGGUUUAGCUAUUUCCCAGCAGAACCUCUUGAACCUCACACAAACGAAGAAAAUGAUGACUUGAGAUCGACAACUACACCAACUACUCGUUCGCGCUUACACAGUCGGUUGGAAUCUUCUCCACCGUCAUCUUUGCUAUCUCCUAUCGCACGAAAAAGCGCACGAUCCGCUUUAAAUGGUCGAGAUGACAAUACACCCAAGCGAUGCAAACGACAAAUCCAAACAAAGCUAAAAGGGUCCAAGCAUGGUCGAAAAAGCGAACAGAAUGGAAGCAACACGCAAUACGAAAGUGCAACAAACUUCCACGAAUCCGAUUCUACUUUUUCUCGUGAGAUGGAGUUGUGCAGAUAUCGUCGUUCUGAGCAAUCUCGUCGUGGUUAUAGAGAACUUAUUGCCGAGGAUACAGCUCAAAUCACACCACUACCAGCCACUCAACUGUUCUUAUCGAAGCUGAAGGGAAAACGACGCCGGCCUGACAACGAAUUGCUAUAUGGCAAACCUGCUUGGGUGACCAUCGCUCACGUUGGGAGGUUUUAUCGUGCUGCAACACGUCUGGAACGCGAACACUCCCGCUUUCUUCAUACAAAUGCACGGCGUUUGAUGCAAGCAGAAAAGACAUCUCCAGCAGACACUGAACAUGUAGCCGGAAGUAUGCGCUAUCUCGCACGGCAACUCGGUGAUCUGUCACGACCAAGUGACGUUAUUGCCGUAGCGUGUGCAAGAGAACUCAAAGUAGCAGAAGACGAGGGUCGAGAGCUGCGUGCGUCAGAUUGGAUGGAAGUUGAAGAGCAUAGCCCCGCGUCGAAAUGGCAGGCUGCAGUCGCGUUAAUCUCCCCAGAGAGCGAACCUAAAUUGGAGCUCCAUCGUGUGGGUAUGGACAAAGAUGAAAACUUCCUGGGGCACUUCUUCGAGCUCGCAACCGACACUGCCAGCUUGAUCAUGGACUAUCAACCUACAGCUGCAGCGCCGCAUUUCAACGCCUUCGAUGAUGAUGGCAAUCUCCAACUCCAAUCCGCUUAGCUGCGCCCUAUUCUGCGUAUAUUCAUUAGCAC